AUGCCAGCCGUCGCACCUUCGGGCCACCAGCGGCCUCCAGGGGCAGACCGGUCAAACAAGCUCAAACCCCUGCCACCUCCGACCGCGCGCGACGACGAAGACGAGACCACAACCGACGACGACAGCAGCGAUGAAGACGCCGCCCUCGAGAUGGACGGCCAGGAGCUGUGGACUCAGAACUACUGCGCCACCUGCGACUGCCUCAUCGAACCGGGUGAGGGUCUGGCCGGGGCGGGCGCGGCCGAAGCAGCGCCGACCCCGCACACCAGCCUCAAGAGCCGAUCGGGCACGAUAAAGGCUCGCGGCCCGGACGGCGGCUCGGACGUCGCGCAGCAGCAGAAUCCGCAUGGGCCGAACGCCGCAUCAAAGGGCGCCGCCGCCACCUCCAACACCAGCAGCAACGGCAACAAAGGAGCCGACCUGAAGCGCACCAACUCGGCGGGCCGCUUGCAUGCGCGCGGCCCCAACGGCCCACUCGGACCGCACAAGCGCACCGGCAGCGCGGGUAGCCGUCUGAAUGCGCUGAGCGAGCUGCGUCCCACCACCAAGCUCCACCCGACCCAGGACGACGUCAAGGGCAAGGGCAAGGCUUCGUCGGGCCAGGAAGCUAAAGGCCCCGGCCGCCGCAGUCCAGCAAUCAGCCGGAGGGGAUCCUCGGCCAGCGUCAAGUCUCUCAACCACAGCGGCAGCGGGCCCAGCUCCACCAAGUCGGACGAUGGCACCGGCAGCGGCCCGGUCAAGCCAAAGUCUCGCGGCUUCCUCGGCGGUCUGACGCCCGCAGCGCUCAAGCAGCAACAGGCCGAGAUGGCGGAAAAGAAGCGCGCACCGACACAGCUCUACUGCUCCGAGCGCUGCCGCGCAAUCGACCAGAACCGCUCCACGGGCCUGGGCGAACUGACCCAGUACCUCUCGCAACCCCUGCAGCCAGUCGCACCGGCCGCCGCGUGGGUGAGCGGCGGUGGCUGGGUCGUCGGACCGGCGGCCUCGCAGUGGCCCCGGUCGACGAGCCUCAGCUCCGUCUCGAUACCCUAUGUCACCGGGACGCCCGAGAGCGAGUGCAUGUGCGCCGACUGCCUCGACAAGUGCGCCGACGGCGGCAGCGCCGGCGGAGCCACCGUUCCCAGCGGCGCCAGCGACACGACGGAAAGCUCGGGCGGCUACAUCUACGGUCGGCCUGCCACCCGUCAGAAGAUGAGGACCGCGAGCGGUCGCAUCGUGACGCCUCUCAACCUUCACCCGCCGGGCAGCUCCCCAACCGUCGACAGCUACUUCCCCGCGGUCCCCGGCCACCCGUCGCAUGCCAAGCGCGAUUCGACCUCCAGCCUGCGAUCGAGGCCGGGCGACGGCGCAGGCCACGACGCCGACCGACACCGCUCGAACCCGGUACCCUCUGCUGCCGCCACCGUCCGCCCUCCUCCCCGUACGGCCUCCACUGGCCCCGUUGGCAGCGCCAGCACCGCCGAUACCGAAAGCUCCGGCAGCCACGUCAGCCUAUGGGAGCCCAAGCUGCGCCGCCCGUCCGAGGCGACCGGGUCCGGCACCAUCAAGCGGACCAGUCCUUCGCGCAGGCCAGUCCGCGCCCACGGCAGCGAGUCUUUGAACUCGGGACGGACCACCGUCACCGCGACGCCCGCAAUCACGCCGCGGCAGUCGAUGAUGUCGCAGCAGCCGCUCGCCCCUCUGUCAUCGGAUCGACACCCAUCCGGCGUCGACGCGCAGGUGAUGCCGGUGCCGACGGUAACGCACAGCGCCGGACAUCGCACGGAGCUCAGCUCGGGCGGCGCGGCAACACGUAACAGCCGCGCGCAGUCGACCUCGACGGCGAGUGCGUCGGCCGCCAGCUUUGCCACCAGCCCGCUCAACCUUCUUCGCGGCAGCAGCGUCCACCAGCAUGCGGCUCCGUCGGUCGAUGUCUGGAACGAGCAUGUCGGCAGCCCGCCCUCCGCCCUCGCCGGAGGUGUCGCCGCGACCCAUGCCUCCCUCCUGUCGAGGAGCUUGGCCAGCAGCGAGAACACGCUGCCUGGUUCCAGCAGCAUCACCGUAUCGGGUCAGAAGGAUGACGCGCGCCAGCGCCACCAAUCCGGCCAAUCCUCGCACGCCGCAGCCGCAUCAGACAAGCGGGCCACCACGGCCAACAUCGACAUCGCUCAGGGUAUGGGCAGGACGUCGUCGCGGGAUGCCGAGGGCCGCCGGAAUGGCGGAGAGGGCAGAUCCAUGAACGAACUGAGCCUCGCCGUCGGCAGUCUCAAGCUGGCGCAGACGCGCGCGCACCAGCGCCACGCCUCGACCAGCCUCUACGAUGACCACCCGCCGAAACAUUCCCGGCGGCUCUCGCUCUUCGGACCGGUCACGGCGACGGCCGAACGUCGCCCUUCGACGGGUACAUCGGGCUCCAACAGCGGCUGGUUCCGCUCCAUCUCGUCGGCCUGGGCCACUCUUCGUGGCGCACCCGCCGAGCUUGACCGGAUGGGUGACCUCGAGAGCGGCCGCGGAGGAGACGACGGCGUCCAGGAAGCCGGAUCCGUCGAGCAUGCGGUCAUGGAUCAGGGCUCCAGGGCUCGAACAGGGCCAGCCUCGUCGUCGCGCUCGACGGUGCAGUUCCGCGAGCCCGCUGCGCCACUGCGGCGAGGCACGAGCUCGCAGGGCUCCUCGCGAACACCGGCUGAGGCCUCUUCCUCGCUGCCAGAGCACAAGGAGCGGCCCGAUGCCACGCCAACACAGAGCCUGGUGGCCAAGCCGACCAUCCGCCGCGGCCGAGUCCCAGCCUUUGUCAAGGAGAUCGGCCACGGCGAGAUUCCCGGCGAUGCGACAGACAACUUCGGUGUCCAAGGGAGCUCCUACAGGAGCGCCACGGACACUGCCAUCGGCGCCAGCCCCGAGUCUCGCAGCCGCGAGGGAAGCCUGUCGCGUGUGGCCACCGCCGCCGACGAGGAAAAGGCUCGCCGGCGGCAAGAGCGAAAGGAGGCCAGCCGGCAGCGACGGUCGCGGGACAUCCACGUGCUGCCCCCUUUGCUGGCGCCCAUCAGCCGCAACAGCAGCAGCACCAACCUGCUCUACGGCAAUGCGCCGCACAGCGCUCGCGGCACCAGCCAUGGUCGACCGCGAACGCACAGCACCACGCCGCAGAUGGUGGUCGGCAGCGCGGGCUCCAACGUCGUCCAGCACGUCGCGGUGCCGCCCCACCGCUCCACCACGCCAGGCUUUGUCGGCCACUCGAACGGCCCACCUUCCCCGGCGGCCAUGAUGAGGAGCCCGUUCCAGGGCGCCUUCCCUCCCAUUGUCGGGGCCGACGGCCGCACGAUCGUCAGCCCGUCUCGACCUGGCAGCGCGGCGGGCUACUACAGCACCGGCACCUCGCCCCGGGCGAAGGGCCUGGGCUGGGGUGCAAUGACCUCGAUCGCUGCAGCGCCCCUGUCGGCUCAGCUGCCUGGCACCGGUGGUCACCACCAUCCCCAGCACCACCACAGCACGUCGAUCGGCUAUGGCCACGCUGCCGCCGUCGCUUCCCGUGCCACCCAGCACGCCGCCCAUCGCCACUCUCACCACGCCGGCCACGGCCACGGCCACGGUCAUCAUCAAGUCUCGCACGGCGCCCACGGCGCUCAACGAGGAGCCCAUCCGGUCCGUCACAACACGAGUCUGCAGCUGGGCACGCUGGGCAUGCUGGGAGCCCACCCUCACGGGCACGCGCCCGUGGUCGGACGGCACUCGACGAUGCCGCAUCUCAUCAAGCGGAGCCCCACGCCGAGCGUGCCCGAGGACGGCGGCGAGAUGACUUCGCAGGACCUGACCAGCGGCGACUUUAUUCCGCGCCCCAACAGCGCCAUGACGCAGGCUCAGCGCAGCCGUGCGGCCAUGAUGCCGCCGCCGCGAUCGCGCAGCUCGAUGGGCGUCGACUCGGCGGUCGGCCACCGCCAGAGCGCCGCCGCCAGCGUCCAGCAGCAUGCCCACGAGGUAGCCGGCGACGCCAGCGGCGGCCUGGGUCCGGCCCACGCCGUUGCACAGCCCGAGCGUCCCGCGUCGAGCCAGAACACCUGGAGCUACGAGGCGCUCCCCGGGCUCAAGACGUACCCGGUGCUUCAGCUGCCGAACCGCGAGACGCACGACGUCUAUGACCAGGGCUGGGGCCUUGACUCUGGCGGCCUGGCCAAGCACCUGACGGGCCGAGCGCAGCGCGAGGACAGCGAGGGCGCGCCGAUUGACGGCCAGGCCGAUGGCGGUCCCGCGCCUCCGCAGCAUCGCAAGAAGCUUUUCUACUUUGACGCUUGA